AUGAACUGGGAGCCUUCACGACCUCAGGCCGUCUCAAUUGCUAGAACUUCAAGUGUUCAACGAAGAACCUCAACACGAAAGGGAUCAGGCGGCAGUCGCAAGACCGGAUCAUCCAUCAGCCCGAUAGACCACUCACUCACGCCGCCGAGUCUGCUGGACUCUACUCUGAACCUGCCCGCCGACUUCAUCAGUGACCACGCGUCAUCAGCUGGACAGGCCAGGAGGCAGUCUUCAUUAGCAGCCUCAAGUCCCGACCCGUUUCCGUACUUUGUCAAGUUCUCUACCGGGCCGGUGGAAUCCGUUCAUCUGGGAAAGUGGAUUACAGAUCUCGAACUCAUGCACCACUACGCAACGACAACAUGUCUUACGAUGCCCAGGUCGUCAGACGCGAGCAAUAUCUGGCAAUACGAGGUUCCGAAACUGGGUCUCACUUACAUGUUCCUGAUGCACCAAGUCCUGGCCAUCAGCGCACUACAUUUAGGGCAUUUGCACCCCGAACAACGGGAAUCAUACGCGUUACAUGCCUCACAGCAUCAGAAUGAUGCCAUCGCCGGCAUGCGAGAGACACUCACUCAGAUCUCGCCAGACAACUGCCAUCCUCUAUUUGCGGGUUCAUCACUAUUGCUCAUAAGCGCGUACGCCACAUUCCCAUACCAGAGGAGCGGCUCAGAAGGGCAUGAGGCGCCAACCGUGGACGAUGUUCUCGACGUUUUCUUACUCGUAAGAGGCAUGAGCAACAUCUUGGCAUCAUCACAGCCAGUCAUCAGGUCCGGACCUUUCCGGAAUUUCUUCUCAGAGAUAGUAACACCGGCAUCCACGCCGUUACUAGACGCCAUUAAACAACAUCUUCGAACGUUCCAGACGACCUUGGAGACGACAAAUGCGGACCGGGCGAGUAAGGAGGUGGUCGGGAAAGAGGUUGCGGUCCUGUUGGAGUGGAUCGAUCACGCCACGGCGACAACUGCGUUUCCCGAACUGCGGGUUAGCCUGACAUGGCCCAUCGGCCUCACAGAGGAGUACAUGCAGCUAUUACGGUACCGAGAUCCGGCCGCGUUGACACUUCUGGCCUACUACUCCGUCGCCGUUCACUCUACGGAAAACAGCACAUGGUUUAUGCAGGGAUGGGGCAUCAACGCGGCAAAAGCGAUUGUGUGCGAUUUGGAUCCGGAGUGGAAAGAGAUGAUACAGUGGCCGCUGGCGUUUAUCAGCGACAGAACUAUACAGCUUUAG